AUGUCGCACGGCGAGCGAGAAGCACUUACAGGAGAUCAUCAUCGUCGCGAGCCUAUCCUGGUUUUGUUAGUCAUUCACCAUAAUCAACAUGAAGAUCGGGUCGAACAACCUGUACUGGAAUUUGAUGUGCUUCCUAACCCCAAAGUGGAUGCUAAGGGUUCUGUUGCAAUUAUGGUUAGGUCAGAAGCUUUAAAGAAUCUUGAUCAAGAAGCUUGGAAGAAAUUGGGUUUUGGGGUGGUUUAUGCACUGAUGGUAAUGGAAUUCUUGAAUUUGAUGUUGGCUGCUAUGGGAUCAAAUUUCCCCAUGAGAAUAUUCGAUUGGAAAGAUUCCCCUUUCUUCUUCGCCGCCUCUUUCUCCUUACAAAAUAGAACAAAUAAGAGGACCACACCCGGGGGUGUUGGCCAAAGGCCCUCCGAUGCCUAA